CACAGGUCUGUGUGUGUGGUUUAGGUAUAACUCAGUCAGAGGUUUGUGUAGGCGUGUUCUGGUCCACAUGAGCCUCCCAGGUUCUGGGUCUCUUCCUUAUCAGCUCUCCACUUAUUCAUGAUGAGUGACAUCACUGGAGUUUCCACCAACACAAGCUAAAAAAGCUUAAAAGAGAGUCUCACAAUGUCAGGUAAGUAGAAGAAGAGGAAUCCUCUUAUCAUACAUUUACAGUUUGACUUGGAUUGAAAGCAAUAACUUACUCAGAACAAUGGAGAGUGAAUUCAAGGUGUUACUGGAUGCAGAUGCCAGCACAGGGACAAGUGAUCAGACUCAGACAUCCACGAGAGUCAAAACAUUUCAAGUGUCCAGACUUACCUUGGCCCUGAUGGCUUUCACUCUCUGCCUUGCUACUGGUGGUGCUGUUUUCCUCUUCUCUAAUGCUCGUGUCAAGAGUGAAGGAUCAGAUGAGGGAAGCUCUGCUUUUCAUCACGCCUUAAGACAAAUUUCAAACAGGAGGGCAGCCAUUCAUCUAGAAGGAGAACACGACCCCGCCAUAAAUACGUCAGUGAAGUGGAUGAGCAAAGUGAACCAGGCACACUCUCAAGGAGGUCUAGAACUAAAAGACAAUGAGAUUUUGAUUCCUCAUAAUGGCCUCUACUUUGUUUACAGCCAGGCGUCGUUCAGAGUAAGCUGCAGCAGCAAUGCUGAUGACCUUACUUCCAAUCACAUGAUCCACCUGAGUCACACAGUGAAACGCUGGUCCAGAUCAUUUGGCUCUAAUGAUGAGAGUUCCUAUCGGACCCUCUUGCAUUCAGUUCGUACUGUGUGCCAGGGUACAGCCAGUAAGGAUCCAGACUCAGCUGGAAGCCGGUUCACUGCAGUAUAUAUGGGAGCAGUAUUCGACUUAAAGAGUGGGGACAGACUGAAGACGGUUAUGGAAGAGAAGAUGCUUGAGAAACUCGAGGAAGAUGCAGGGAAGACUUAUUUUGGUGUCUUUGCCUUGUAAAGAGAGCUUGAAGAGGGCAGUAAAUUAUGACAUGAACAUACAUGUGGUGGCAGAGUAGAACUGACCCUGUUGCAUAGAACCAAAAGAAACUUUUGUUUUGUAAGUUUUACAUAUACAGAUCAACCAGUGAGUGACAAAAAGGCCUAUUAGAAAAAUAAUGUCUGAUAUGUUCAGACAUCCAGGCUACAGAACCAUUUAUUAAGAUAUGACAUUUUUAUAUCACUUAUGUUGUGUGUUUUUGCUGCUAACUAAUUGUUUCACUACAGCCUGGCAAUGAUGUGUAGACAUAUUUAUUUAUUAUUAUAAUUAUUUUAUUUAUUUAAGUAUUUAUUCUUUUUUCUCUUAUUUUUGUAAGUUGGUGUGUUUUUCUGUUGACUAAAUCUUGUUAUAUAUUAUGGUGUUUGUGGUGCAA